AUGCCUUCCAACAACGCCGCCUGGCUAGUCGCCGCAAAGACGUCACCACUCGAGGUCAAGGAAGCCCCCCUCACCGGACCAUCUUCAGACCACAUCCUCGUCAAAAACUCAGCCAUUGCCAUCAACCCCGUUGACAUCGCCAACCAAUACGUCGGCAUCUUCCUCCAACCCUCUCAAUACCCUGUUAUUCUCGGCGAAGACGUCGCUGGCACCGUUGAAGCCGUAGGCCCUGAUGUCACCGCCUUCAAGCCCGGUGAUAGAGUCCUAGGCUAUGCGACGUCGCUCGCCACCAAGGAUAAUGCGCACAGCGCAUUCCAGGAAUACACGGUUAUUCGCGCUGAGUGCGCUUCUAAAAUCCCAGAGAGUUUGAGUUUUGAACAAGCUGCUGUUUUGCCACUUUCGCUUGCUACAGCUGCGUGGUCGCUUUUCGGCGAUGUGACGCUCGCGAUGAGAUAUCCUAGUCUGAACCCCACGCCUACUGAGGAAACGGUUCUCAUCUGGGGAGGUUCAUCUAGCGUCGGCGGCUCAGCCGUUCAGCUUGCGAAAGCGGCUGGGUACGAAGUCAUCACGACUGCAUCUGCCAAAAACCACGACUACGUCAAGAGUCUUGGAGCAGACCACGUCUUUGAAUACAAGUCUCCCCAAGUCACCAAAGACAUCGCCUCUCUGCUCACCGGCAAGAAACUCGCUGGUGCAUUUGAUGCCAGCGGUUCAGAAGACGGCAUGAACAGCGCAAGUCAAUCAAUUGUUCACGCCGACGGUCUUCGCAAACUCAUCUGCGUGCGAUCUGUCUCCUCUGAAGUCGCGGGCGUCGAGGCCAAGACCAUUCUUUCGACUAGUAUUAUCAACACCCCUGUUGCCAAGGCUGUUUUCGGGGAUUAUAUACCCGCUGCUCUGGAACAGGGCAAAUUCAAGGCUGUGCCGGAAGCGGAGGUUGUUGGAAAAGGCUUGGAGGCUGUUCAGUUGGGCAUCAACACGCUCGCCAAGGGCAUUUCGGCUAAGAAGAUCGUUGUCACUCUGUAA